AUGGAGGCUAUGGUUGGAGCGGGGGCCAGCGAAACGAAUUUGUUUAAAUUUCAAGUAUCGGUGCUGCUGAGAGGCAUGGAUCUUUUCUCAGUAGUAGAUGGCUCGCAAAAGAAACCUGAAAAGGAUGUUGAUGAUGAGUGGAAGAGGAAAGAUGCUAAGGCACAAACCCUUAUUGUAAUGAGGUUAUGUGAGAGUACUAUGGUUCAUAUCCUAUCAUGUCAGACAGCUGCAGAGAUGUGGAAUAAGCUCCACAGUGUGUAUGAACAGAAGUCGAGUACUAGUUUACAUAUUUUAGCACAGCGCUUCUUCCAGUUCAAAUUUGAGGAGGGCUCGGACAUGGCUUCAUUUCUGGCUAGGCUUCAGGAGCUGAAAGCUCAGUUGAAACAAACUGCUUGGGAAUCAGUCGAGCCGGCUCGGCAAACCUAUGAUGAGUUGGUUGCCAGACUCCUAGUGGAAGAGAAGAGGAUACAAUCAAGAGCCAGUGAUGGUGAGAGUGUAGCAUUAUAUGCAGGCCAAAAGCCAGUGAAAAAAUGUUAA